CCGGGGAAAAAAAUCAUUCAGAUCCAAAGAAAAAGAUGAAGUUUGGAAGAGAAUUUGAAACGCAGAUGAUCCAAGAAUGGAAAGAAGCCUACAUGGAUUAUCGUUCUCUUAAAUCAAUAGUUAAACAAAUCCUUCGUUAUCGCCUACAAAAACAACAACGUCCUCCUGCUACUCCUCCUCCUCCUCCCAACGGAGACACGGUACCGCUCAAAACAGACAACGGAGGAGGCGGAACGGGCGCAGCAGGAUUAUCGAGAAGAAUCUCUCUUUACCGCGCAUUUAGCGGUCUAACAAACCGAGCUUCUCGUUCUCCGAAAAAAUCACAUAAACAUCAUAAUCCUUUAAGCAGCAAACGCCAUCAUCAUCAUCAUUAUCAUCUCUUUGACGACGACGAGGAACAAGUCAUUUUGAUCAAUGAAGACGAGACAUCGAGUUAUACAACGACGUUUCUUAGCUCGGCAGAGGAAGGAGGGGAGAUGGAGGUUCAGUUUUUUCGGCGACUCGAUGGAGAAUUCAACAAAGUUUUGAGAUUUUAUAAGCAAAAGGUUGAAAAUGUUAUGGAGGAAGCUGAUGAGCUUAGCAGACAAUUAAAUGUUUUGAUUGCUCUUAGAGUUAAAGUUGAGAAUCCUAAUGUUCAUCUUCCUCCAGACCUUAAUAGCGUCGCGAGCGCUCCUGCUUCUCCUCAUACAACAAUGAGGACUCCAGCCCCUUCACCAAUGGAUGUGAUCAGAGAAAUGGAACAAACAGAAGAUAAGAAAGUAUUUAAACCUGCUCCAGUAGAAAUGUUGGAUCAUAUAAAGCUCAAGAUCGAGCCCGAAACUCCAUUGUCAACUCUUAAAUUGAUGAUUCUCGGUCUCCCAAGUGAGCAAACCUUCAGCAAACCCGAGCUUAAGAGAGCCGAGGAGCUUAUGAACCGCGCUUUUGUUGAGUUCUAUCAGAAGCUUAGCUUCUUGAAUCAAUUAGCGUUUGCUAAGAUACUAAAGAAGUAUGACAAGACUACUUCGAGGAAUGCAUCAAAGCCUUAUCUAAAUACAGUGGAUCAUUCAUAUUUGGGUAGCUGUGAUGAGGUCUCGAGGCUCAUGUCGAGAGUGGAAGCGACGUUUAUUAAGCAUUUCGCCAAUGGAAAUCACCGAGAAGGAAUGAAAUGUUUAAGGCCUAAAACUAAGAGGGAGAAACAUAGAAUCACAUACUUCCUUGGCUUCUUUUCCGGUUGCGCUGUGGCUCUCGCCAUUGCAAUAACGGUUCUUGUACAUAUUAGAGGCUUAACAAAAAGUGAGGGCCGGCAUCAGUACAUGGAGAACAUUUUCCCUCUUUACAGCUUGUUCGGGUUUGUUGCGGUUCAUUUGUUUAUGUAUGCAGCAGAUAUAUAUUUCUGGAGUCGAUACCGAGUAAAUUACCCAUUUAUUUUCGGGUUUGAGCAAGGGAAUGAUCUUGGUUAUAGAGAAGUUCUUUUGGUAGGCUCUGGUCUAGCAGUUUUAACAUUCGGAGGAGUCAUCUCGAAUCUCGACAUGGAAAUGGAUCCGCGAACAAAAAGUUUCAGUGUCAUCACGGAGCUCGUUCCUUUAGCUCUUUUAGUCUGCUUGAUGAUGGCGCUGUUCUGUCCAUUCAAUAUAAUAUAUCGCUCCAGCCGAUAUUUCUUCGUUGGAAGCGUCUUUCGUUGUCUUUUAAGUCCUCUAUACAAGGUUAUUCUUCCGGACUUCUUCCUCGCAGAUCAAUUGACAAGUCAGGUCCAAACAUUCAGAAGCUUAUUGUUUUAUGUUUGCUACUAUGGAUGGGGCGGAGAUUUUAAGAAACGAACACACACAUGCUAUGAUAGUGAGAUUUACAAAGAACUCUACCUUGUCGUUGCCAUUAUUCCUUACUGGUUCCGCUUCGCUCAGUCUAUUAGGAGGUUGGUCGAGGAGAAAGACAAAAUGCACGGCCUUAACGCGCUGAAGUAUCUGUCGACUAUAUUGGCGGUUGCGGCUAGGACAAUUUUUGAGAUGAAGAGGGGGACGUACUGGCUCACGGUGGCUGUAACCACUUCAAGCAUUGCCACGAUGUUCAAUACUUAUUGGGACAUUUUCAAGGACUGGGGUCUCAUGAACCGCAACUCCAAGAACCCGUGGCUUCGUGACAAACUCUUAGUCCCUUACAAAAGCAUCUACUUCAUUGUCAUGGUGGUGAAUGUAGUGCUGAGGCUGGCAUGGAUGCAGACGGUUCUUGGGAUUAAAGAAGCUCCAUUUUUGCACAAAAGAGCUUUGGUUGCUGUUGUUGCAAGUUUAGAGAUUGUUCGUCGUGGCAUUUGGAACUUUUUCAGGUUGGAGAAUGAGCAUUUGAACAAUGUGGGGAAAUAUAGAGCCUUUAAGUCUGUACCUUUACCUUUUCAAGAACUUGGAGGAAUCCCUAUCUUGGUCAUGGUGGCACAAGCGCUCCUUAUGCGCAGUGUUUCGUCCUUGAACAUGAACAAUGCGUACGUGGAACACAAAUGCUCUGCCAAUCAAGGGGAAUACAAGCCUGGAAGCCACUAUAAGAAAGUCCUCGAUUCUGGCAUCCAAGAAUUGUCGAAAGAUCAGGAAGCUUUUCGUGGCGGUUUUGUCUAUAUGGACCACACCGAUAUUAAAGAAGUUCGUUUUGAGCCUGAAAGGGUCUACAUCACCUUUCAGUGCCGUGGAGACAUUUACGGGCCCCAGUGCCGCUCCUGCUUUGCCACUGCCCGGCCUGAGCUUUUUAAGAGAUGUCCGAGAGAUAAGGGGGCGAUAAUAUGGUACGAUCAUUGUCUUCUCGAGUUUUCUUCGAUCAGUACCUCAGGGAAGAUCAAUUAUGAUGACAAUUUCUGUAUUGAUACCGCGAGGGCAAGGCCGAAUGCGAAAACUCAUACCCGUGAUGAAGUUUUAGAGUUUUUGACUCUCUUCGAUAAUCUGACAAAUAUAGCCGUCACUAAAAGAAAUAAUUUCGUAAAAGAUGUGGACAAACCGGCACUAUAUGCGGCAGGAGAGAAGAGGUUCGGAAAUAAGAAGAUCUAUGCAAUGGUUCAGUGUACAAAGGACUUAACUCCUAAGGCUUGUGUGGAGUGUGUGAGUCAUAAUGUCAUACAAUUUCAAAAUUGCUAUGAAAAUAAACCAGUAGGUUUGAAAAUAGGUGCAAGAGUUUUCGGUAGGAGCUGUAACUUUAGGUUUGAGCGUUACCCUUUUGUUAACGCCAAGACCAGUCCUAACUAUAUGAAGUUCUAAAGCAAGUUAAAAAAAAUUGUUGCUUUAGACUUCUUUUGUGUCAUCUCUAACUUUUAUUUUACAUGAAACUAUUGUAUUAUUUAGAAAAAUCAAACGAUGUAGUUUUA